CACACAGAGCGAAUACGGUGGCAUGAUUCCAUCAACAGCUCCUCCUUUCGCUAUGACAAGGUGGUCAGCCAUGACGAGAAUAAAUAAUGUCAGUACCUGCCCUUACCGAUAUUCCGACACAGCUAUCCACGGUUUCAUUGGAACUCAUCAACCAGCAAUUUGGAUGGGCGAGUUUGGGCAAGUGGUAGUUGCUCCAGGAGUUGGUGAUGUCAAGACUAAUUUUGCUGACCGUGGUUUACCGUUCACACAUGACCAAGAAACUGCUACCCCGUAUUAUUAUAAAGUAACAAUGCAUGCCGAGACUGGUCAAACUAUUACAGCGGAAACAACCGCUACUUCCAGAGUUGGAUCAAUGCGCUUCAGUUUCAAUAGCAGGUCUUCUUCGCAUGUCAUAGUGGAUGCGACAAGAGAAACCAUAGAGGGCGAAAUUACAAUUUCUCCCAAUCAACGGGAGAUUUUUGGGCGAAAUCCAGAAAGACAAGAUUACAAGCUUGGUCCAUUUAAGGCGAACAAUUUCAAUGGAUAUUUCGUAGCAAGGUUUGACCAACCGUUUUCUUCUUGGGGAACAAUUACCAAUGGGAAAAUGCACGAAAAUAAGACCACCAUGAUCAGUAGUGGACUAUCAGCCUAUGUCAUAUUCCCAGAAAAAACAGAUCAAGUGAACGUUAGAGUGGGUACAUCUUUUAUAUCAAUUGAGCAAGCACGCAAGAACUUGGACACCGAGAUUCCCGACGGCACAACGCUAGAGGAAACAUCGAGACAGAUUGAAUCCCUUUGGGCAGAAAAAUUGGACCGAGUCAAUAUCGAAGGUGCGUCUCAGGACCAGCUAACAAUCCUAUACACUGGUAUGUUUCAUUCUCUACAGUAUCCCAACGAAAAGUCAGAAUCAAAUGAGACCGGCAUCUACUAUUAUUCGGGUUAUGACGACAGAGUUCACAAAGGCGCCUUCUCUUACACUGGUUACUCAAUAUGGGAUAUCUUUAGAGCAGAAUGGGCAUUUUUGAUCAUGUUUGCACCUGAGAGGGUUCCCGGCAUGAUCACAUCUAUGCUCCAAACGUACAAAGAAUCUGGCAGACUGCCGAUGUGGGAAAAUCUGGUUGAGACCAAUAUAAUGGUAUGCACAUGGGCAUCUUCUAUGAUUGCUGAGGCACUUCGUAAGGGUAUAGACGACUUCGAUCUGGACACGGCAUGGAAGGCGGUAUGGAAAGACGCUAUGGUGCCACCUAAAGACGAUCUGAUACUCCAAUACUAUGACCGAGAGGAAAAGACACCGCUGGAAGUCAGGGCUGGAUUGACCUUAUACAAGAAGAAUGGAUGGGUACCGGCAAUCCGCACAGCUGAAGCUGGAACACGCACAUUAGAAUAUGCUUGGGCCGACUUCUCCGUGGCCGUGGUGGCUAAUUACACAGGACACAAGAACGAAUCGAACUUCUUCUUAGAGAGAAGUGAAAAUUAUCGGCACGUUUUCAAUAACGAUACGACGUUCAUGGAGGCAAGAAUGGAGGAUGGCAGUUGGAAUGACGAUGCUUCAACAUGGACGGAAGGAAACAAGUGGAUUUAUACGUUUAAUGUGCCGCAUAACUUUUCUGGGCUGCGAUCAUUGUUCAAUGGAACCGAAGCAUUUGAAAAUAAACUCGAUACAUACUUUCAAGGCGGUCACAACGAUCAGAGUAACGAACCCUCACACGCUACACCCUUUGCUUAUCUCUAUGCAAAUAAGCCGCACAAGACACAAUCUGUAAUCCGAGAUCUUCUCCAGACAAGCUAUAACGUUUCUGUGGACGGAUUGAGUGGAAAUGAAGACUGUGGUCAAAUGAGUGCUUGGGCUUUCUUUAAUUAUCUAGGUUUUUACCCUGUCAACCCAACAACUGGAGAGUAUAUGAUAGGCACACCAGCAUUCGAUAAGGUAAUCCUCGACUUGCCAGGACGACAGCAAAAUUUGGUCAUAUCAGCACCUGGAGCACCUUCCAUGCCAUAUGUCAAAUCACUCUAUUUAGAUGGUAGAAAUGCUUUGUCCAAACCUAUCCUCACACACGAACAAUUAAUGGACGCGAAAGAGAUUAGUUUUGAGAUGAGUGAAACGCCUCAGGCUUGGGGUAGGGACACUUUGUAGCACGCUUGGAGUGGAUCACAAUGUAGUGAAUAUGGCCCUUCUAUCGAAACUGUUCUUGUUUGUACAGCGAGCUUUGCAUUACGAAGUUCUGAUUAUUAAUGGGAAGCUACUGUUUGUUCAAUUUGAAAACUGAUUAUCUGACGUUAUUUUUGCUUUUGCAAGUGCAAUAAAUGAAGGUGCUCUGC